AUGGGGGAGUGGGCGUUCCUGGGCUCGCUGCUGGACGCCGUGCAGCUGCAGUCGCCGCUCGUGGGCCGCCUGUGGCUGGUGGUCAUGCUGAUCUUCCGCAUCCUGGUGCUGGCCACUGUGGGCGGCGCGGUGUUCGAGGACGAGCAGGAGGAGUUCGUGUGCAACACGCUUCAACCGGGCUGUCGCCAGACCUGCUACGACCGCGCCUUCCCAGUCUCCCACUACCGCUUCUGGCUCUUUCAUAUCCUGCUGCUUUCGGCGCCUCCCAUCCUUUUCGUCAUCUACUCUAUGCACCAGGCCAGCAAGGAGUCAGGCCGGGCGGACGCGGGCGGCGGGGGCGCGGAGACCCGGCCGCCGUGCUCCCGCGGCAGCUCUGAGGGCCCAUGCGCGCCCUGCGCCCUGCGCGCCCGCCGCGCGCGCCGCUGCUACCUGCUCAGCGUGGCGCUGCGCCUGCUGGCCGAGCUGGGCUUCCUGGCCGGCCAGACGCUGCUCUACGGCUUCCGCGUAGCCCCGCAUUUCGCAUGCGCCGGCCCCCCGUGCCCGCACAUCGUGGACUGCUUCGUGAGCCGGCCCACCGAGAAGACCGUCUUCGUGGUCUUCUACUUCGCCGUGGGGCUGCUCUCGGCGCUGCUCAGCGUGGCCGAACUAGGCCACCUACUCUGGAAGGGCCGCCCGCACCGCCAGGACCCCGGGCGCGCGCGCCAAGCGGCCGAGCGCGACAACCGCUGCAACCGCGCGCACGAGGAGGCACAUAAGCUGCUCCCGCCGCCGCCCCUGCCGCCGCCUCUAGCCCUGCCCUCCCGGCGGCCUACCCCGGACCCCUACGCCCCGCCCGCCUACGCGCACCGGGCGCCGAUAGGCGACAGCCAGGGUGGCAGCGGCCGCAGCAAGGCGUCUCUGGCCACGGUCCGCCAGGACCUGGCCAUCUAGCGGCAGGCACUGCGUCGGGAGGAAGGUGAGACCAGAAGCAGGGCGCCACCACCCCGGACCUCAGAGCAGAAACAAGAUGUGACUUCCCAAGAACUGUUCGCAGGACCCUACCGGAGCAGGAGACACGUAGCGGGGAUGGCCCAUAAGGCAGCAACUGCACUUCCGUGGUGCUCCCAGCUGCACAACCCGUUCUCCGCUCCCCGUGUGAGCUAGGGGCAGAGAAUGAACCAAGGCUGCUCCUUGGCGCGGUGAUCCAAGUGGAAAAGGAGGCAGGAGGACCUGAGAGAGAAUGGACAAGAGGAGGGUAGAGCGGAGUGGAAGGUGGAGGGCCCUGAUUGUUUUACUGGGGACAAAAAUAACUGUGAGACUAGCAUUCUGGAGCCUCUCCGUGUUCAGGCUGAGGCGUGGCCUGUGUGCACGCAUAUUUACACACGUAUACACUGUGCUGUGUGUGCAUGUAUACAUAUACACCGUGUGAGUUAUGUGCCCACAUGUACAUCCUGUGUGAGUUCUGUGUGUGCACAUGUACACAUAUAUACCCUAUGUGAGCUGUGUAUGUGCGUGCAUACGUAUACUCCAUGUGAGCUGUGUAUGUGCACACAUACAUCCUGUGUGAGCUAUGUGUGCACACACGCACCCUAUGUGAGCUGAGUAUGUGCGUGC